AUGUGGAUACAGUACAUCUAUCCGCAUUGCUCAAAAACUUGCGAUCCAUCUCAAUAUGGAGAUCAGACCGACCUCAACUGGAGAUUCAUGUCGACUGGCAGACAAUAUGUGUACUGUAUUGUGGAGAAACAAACUGGUUACUCACCAUUUAGCCUUCAAAAUAAGUUACUUGUAUUUGAUCUUUGGAGUGGAACUCGACGUUACUACAAAAGUUCCACCUCUCCGGAUCUUGUUGAAUUCUACGAGACAGGUGAAAACUGUGGAAUAGCAGUGAUGGACGAUGGAAGCGAUAUUUCUUUCCAUCCCGUGACAAUUGACCACGAACACGGCCGUGUGGACAUAGGACAAUCACAAUUAUCCUUAAGCAAAUCUCCUAGUGCCACAGGAAUUCAUCGAAGCAGCUUUGGGUUCAGCACAAGAAGUGCUACUGGAGUAACUAUGGUAAUUCCUUUUGAUGGUGGAAUUAGCGUGAUUGAAAUGGAUAAAAAGUGUAACGUCAGGAAGACAGAUAUCGAGUGCGAAAGUGGUCCUUGGUCUCGAAGUGAGCCGUGGCAGGAAGGUAGAACGAUCUACUGUUUCCAUUCAGUAGCUGACGAAUUCGAAGAAGACGAGUUCUCUGGACUUAUCGUUUCUGCUAACCUGGACACAGCACAGAUCUCUUGGAUUUCGCCAGCAGAAGACCAUCCCAGCUCGUUCUUUGACGAUCCCAACCACCCUGUUUGUCUUGUCCGUACCGUUCAUCGAAAUGGCCGGUUGUGGGUGACAACCGAGAAAGCUGUUGAAAAUUCUGUCAAAAUCUAUGUGCGGGAUAAUAACCGAUGGUACGAAUUGCAAUGUCACAUUGCCGACACGAUGUUUCUGGUCGAUGUUCGAGAAGAUGGAAAUGCGUUGGUGCUAAAUGUGGAGAAACAUCCUGAAGGUCAUUUCCAGGAGGACUAUGUUUCAUUCGCUGUCAUGAAUAGAUGUGGAGUCCCAUCGUUACGUUCAAUCGCAAGGAAGGUUGCUCUUAGAUGUUUCACAGAUCUUCGACAAAACAAACAUUUGUGCAAGAUAAUUGGUCUCGACCAUUCCUAA